UAAACACGUGAUCAGGAAUACUGCACGUGUUUAUCCAACACCGGAGGCUGUACGGUGUUUAUUAUUGGUGUUAAGUCAACACUUUGCAUGUUUUUUGCUGUUUGUUUGUUGUUGUUGUUGUUGUUGUUGUUGUUUUCAGAACAGAGAGCGGAAGUUAAUAAACCCGUACCUGUGACUCAGUUGGUCAGGAGGCUGAAGCUGCUCGGUGAUAAUAACCGGCUGCAGCGCGCGCGUGCCGUUGAAUCGGUGAGUGCGUGCGUGCGUGUGCGCGCGCGCUCGCUCGCGCGCUCGCUCUUCGGUGGCGCGCGCUUCUCCCUCCGUCUCCCGGUUUCUCUGGUUGCAGAGAUCUGUCUGAAGAAGAAAAAAAAAAGGGGCGCAAAUAUUACAGCAGGCUUUUUCUAUUAUUUCUUUCAUCUCUCUCGAAAGGAAAAGGAGCGCCGUGUUCGCCGUUCUCACCUGAGCGCGCGUGCAGAGCGCGUGCAGAGCGCGUGAGCAGUUCCGGUCCCGUGUAAUGAACUUCACCUGUUUGCUCUCUUUCAUUAGGAGAUGAACCGAGUCUCUCUGAGUUUUGAGGAAUUCUGUCUUAAUUAAACUUCAGAAACACAUUCCGAGGAUGUCCAACUCCAGCUUCUCCAUGUCGUCCAAUCACAGCUCGAUUCGUGGAAACCUGCACAGACCCAUGACAGUGUUCAGCGUGCUGACCUUCACCUUGCUGGCCAUGCUGGUUUUGGCCACAUUCUUGUGGAACAUGCUGGUCCUCGUGACCAUCCUAAGGGUCCGCACUUUCCAUCGUGUUCCUCACAACCUGGUGGCCUCCAUGGCCAUCUCGGACGUCAUGGUGGCUGGACUGGUGAUGCCCCUGAGCCUCGUCCGUGAGCUAUACGGCCGCCGGUGGAUCCUCGGAAGAGCUCUCUGUCAAAUGUGGAUCUCCUUCGACGUGCUCUGCUGCACGGCCAGUAUCUGGAACGUUACCGCCAUCGCGCUCGAUCGCUACUGGUCCAUCACACGGCACCUCGAGUACACUCUGAAGAGACGCAAGAGGAUCUCCAAUGUGAUGAUAGGACUUACAUGGAUGCUCUCCUCUAUCAUCUCCUUCUCGCCGCAGUUUGGAUGGGGAGAGAUGUACUCGGAGGAAGCGAUGGAGUGCCAGGUGAGCCAGGAGCCGUCCUACACCGUCUUCUCCACCUUUGGCGCUUUCUAUUUGCCACUCUGCGUUGUGCUGUUUGUCUACUGGAAGAUCUAUAAAGCGGCCAAAUUUCGCAUCGGAUCCAAGAAGAACAACACCGUUACUCCAGCUCCGGAGGCUGUUGAGGCGAAAGAGGCGACUCGGCAGCGUCCUCAGACAGCGUUUACGGUCCGUCACGCCACCGUAACAUUCCAGACAGACAGCGAGACGUGGCGGGAGCAGAAGGAACGUCGUGCAGCACUGAUGGUUGGAAUCCUGAUCGGUGUUUUCGUCCUCUGCUGGAUCCCCUUCUUCCUGACCGAGCUGAUCACGCCGCUCUUCUCGUGGCACGUACCACCCGUCUGGAAGAGCGUCUUCCUCUGGCUCGGCUACUCCAACUCGUUCUUUAACCCGCUCAUCUACACGGCCUUUAACAAGAACUACAACAGCGCCUUCAGGAACCUCUUCAACAAGCAGCGCUAACUCAAAUGAUCAUGCAUACAUAAAGGAUUACUUAUAAUAGCUCAUUUACACAACGCAGAGCCACCACAUCGCCUUGAGGAACCUCUUCAGCAGCUAAUGCUAACUAGAAAUUAAAACUAGCAAGCUAGCAAACAAGAAUUAGCAUGUAGAUGAUCUGUUUUUAUGCUAACUAAAUGUUGAAUUAUCACACACUUGCCUCAAGGAGCAUUUUCUUUAUUACUGAUGAUAAAUCUAAUCUAGAUAGCAAGCUAGGCUAGUUACUUAGUCAAUACUAGCUAGACUAGUGAGGGUGUUGCUAUGGUUACAGUGUGCAUUUGUGUGUGAGCUGCUUUUCUUCUUCUUCUUCUUCAAAAAUGCUAAAGCAGCCUAAAGCGAUCUGGGAUCACAGAUUUUUAUCUUCCGAAUUCUUUGACAAUUUGUGAUUUUCGUCUGCGACAAGAUUAUUGUGAUAAAAAUCGUCUACCUUAAACUUUAUGUUUGAGAAAAAAGAAUUCCUCAGACUGCAUGGUCUUCUCUGGAGACUCUCCCACAAUGCAACAGGAUUUUUAGAAGUGUUUCAUGCUUUGUAUGAAUUGCUUGCUAAGCUUUAGAAAUGUUGCUCUGGUUGUUUAUGCCGCAUCUUUUGAAGAAUACAUUUUAACCAGACAAAAUAAUAAAGUAAUAAAUGAAAUGUGAGUAAUACAAGCUGAAAAUAUAACACUGAACAGCAUGAAUUUGAUUUAUUUUUCCCCCGGGCUUCUGAAAGAUCUUCACGGCCUUCACUGUGAAUAGUUAUUUAACACACAGAUAUAUUACGCUGUUGAAAACGCUGGUAUUAAUCUGACAAGCUGAAAGUCCAAGAGCGAAGGACAAACAGAAUGGAGUUACUUUUCCAUUUUAUGUUGUUAACAUCAUCGUGAAGUUUGGAUUUUAACAACAUUCCUGGAGAUUCAUGUGCAGAUGAUGGAUAAAUGUUCAUAUUGUAUACAAGUAUUUUUUUAUGGCAAGCUAAGUAUGUAACAGUGGUGUGAUGAAGCAGAGUUACUGUUACCAACCUGAAGUUGAUUAUUUUCCUAUAAAAGCAUAUCCUCGAGUCUUUUAUUCCUCUUUCCUGUUCCUAUUCCUAAUUCCUGUUCUCACUUAUGUUAUAUAAACUCCUCUGUCCUGAAGAUGUUGGAAAACUUAAAGUUACAGCUUCACCUCUGACUGUUACAAAGCGCUGACACUGGAGACUCCUUCCAUAAAUGUUAAAUAAAUGUAUCCUUAUAGAAAGCUUCUUCAUAGCAAUGAUUUUUUAAUAACCGUUUAUAUGUGGAGCGUCUGACAUACACAUCCCUGUGAACGAGCCGUUACUAUAGAAACGAUAACGCAUUAGGACGAGCGCAUUAAUAUAAACCUGCGCUACUGUCAGAGCUGCUGUUAUAGAAAAUUAAUCAAUGUUGUGAUAUAAGUGGUAUCUUGGUUUCUACUCUAACACUAACACUAACACUGUCUCUAAUGUGUUUCUGCAAAUCAGAUUUUAUAAAAUAAAUGUACAGGGGAAUAAGGUGAUUGUGUAGUUGCAGAUAUUUUGAUUAAGCGAGCGUGGGAUAUUUUGACUUCAGGUGUGAUCAGAUAAUGCGUACAGGACAGAGUCGCUUAACUAACAGGGAAAAAGCUUUUCAGUUUUCUUCAUUUCUCACUCAGAGCUUCUGUCAUUGUGCUUGAAGUCGUGUUACCUAACAGUCAGGUACAAUAGCGCAGACCUUGAGCUCAAAUCAAGGUUUACAUCUGAUGGCCAAACAAACUGCUGGGCUCAGUUUCCCUUAUCGUUAAAUUCAACUGAAACGAGGCGUGGCCUUUGUGACUGUCAGUCUCAGAGAAGUAGGCGUGGCCUUUAUGCCAGUUACAGUAAAGGAGGUGUGGCCUCUGUGACUGUCUCAGUGAAGGAGGCGUGGCCUCUGUGCUCUUCAAUGCAAAUGAAGGAGGUGUGCAUUUCAAUCUCAAUGGAGGAGGUGUGGCCUCUGUGCCAGUCACAUACAGUGAAGGAGGCGUGGCCUCUG